AUGCCGGGUACAGUACAUCUGAUGCUUGCUGCGUCCCGUCAGCAGCCUGCUGAGAAACUGUGUGCAGGCAAACAUGGCCUGCACGUCUGUUCAUUCUCCAACUUGCUUCUUCCACCUCAACUCCCAUCUCGUCAGCGUCUUCUCCGCCAUGAAGCUUUUCCACCCGCUCAUCGCGACAUUCGCUCUGCUGUCAUCCAGUACUCUGGCCAAAACACCCGAGGAAACAAAGUCUAUCGACGACCUCUUACGCUGAGGCUGUCGCCGAAGGUGGAUUUCACUCGCUGGGCAGAUGAAGGGAAACUCCUCCGGUACAAACCGAAGGGAUUCUCCAGCAUUCAUCCGUCACUGAGGGACAAUGAUGGCGCCUGGAUGGCGUACACCAUCUACUCGUUCUACACUAGCUACAACUCAAGCAGUCUUGAUGGACUUGCCGCGCCAGCAUCGAUGGAAAGCCUGACGGACCCGCAAUAG